AUGGUAGCCACAACCUCGCUAACUACCGAAGCAAGUAUCGCAACCACAACCCCAAAAAGCACUGAAGAAAGUAUGGUAGCCACAACCUCGCUAACUACCGAAGCAAGUAUCGCAACCACAACCUCGACAACUAUUGAAGAAAGUAUUAUAACCACAACGGAUGAAAAUUUGUCAACCACACUCACCACAAAGGAUCAGGCCUCUACAACCACUGAAGGGAGUUUAGUCACCACAACCCCCGACAAAAAUUGGGUAUCCACAACACCCGACGGAGGUUUUGUGUAUACAACACCUGGCGGAGAGUUUACAGUGAAUUCCGAAGAAAAUUUGGUACCCACAGGGCAAGGAGUAGGAGGCACUGUGAUUAUAGAGCCAGAAAUAAGUGUAUUUCCCAUAGAGCCAGAAGGGAGCCCAGAAGGGAGCUCUAUUCCUAUAGGCCCAGAAGGGGCUCUAGCCUAUAGGCCCAGGAGCCCAGAAGGGAGCUCUAUUCCCACGGGUCCAGAAGGAAGUGUAGUCUCAGAACCAAAUGGAUUACUGCAUUCCUCAGAUCCAGGCAAAUCGUCCACUGACCUUGCUGAAUUCCUAAACUUGGACGGCUCUGUGGCUUCAGGAUCGAGCAGAGUAGGAGCUGAAGAACCUGAAGGAAUCCUGCCUCCUAGACCAAACGGAUUCACAGAACCUCCAAAUUCUGCUGAUGUCAGGUCUGGCUCUCCUGAAAGCCUUCCCUUGUUGGAUGAAGGAAGGAAGGCGUCCUCCAUAGGUUUGGAUUGUUCUGGCGAGCUUAUGACUAGUUCGAAACCCAAUGCAUUAAAGUCGUCAGAGAAAACGGACGAAUUAGAACAUGAACUUAGAAUCGAGAGAAGCAACACGAACCUCUUCGACAUUGAAAAGGUUAUAAAUACCAACAGUGAGACGUCCACGAGAGAAAACCUUCCAAGAUCAUCACCAACUACAGAGGCUUCGCUCGGUGAUGCCAUCGUACAGUCAGACAUCGAAAAAGCUAACGUCGACGCGCAGGAACUUUCAUCACCAGAGACGGAAGAGUCGAUAACGUUCGACGCACAAGAAGCAGAAAAGACGAUAAAAGUAGACGUACAAUCACCAAAAGCAGAGAAGUUGAUAACUGCGGAAUCAGAAACAGAAAAUUUAAUAACUGUCGACACACCAUCAGAAGAAAAUGUAAUAACCGUCGGCAUACAGUCACGAGAAGCAGAGAACUCGAUCAGCAUGGACGUCGACGUGCAAUUCCCUUCUGCAUUAUCACCAGAAGCAGAUCCUGAUGCUUAUCCCUUCGUCCCUUUUGAUCCUCCCGAGGGCGAGAUCGAGGCAGCCAAUAAAUACGAAGAGAUUCCUUUGCCCGAAACUCCUACUCGUCUUGAUCUGGGGAUGAUAUUCCAGAAUUUCUCACAGGGUUUCUUUGAGGCCUUAUCGGAGGCUGAUGAGAUCUCGAGUAAGAAAGGGAAGGCUUAA